AUGGCGGACGGCAAACCCCAGCGGGCCGCCCAGCCUGCCCCAAAUACGAAUGGCACCAACCCCGGGUACGACGCCUCUUCCUUGAGCCAGCAGUUCGAACAAUUGAUGCGGACGAAACGAUUCAAUCAACUGCACGAGUCGGCUCGGUCGCGGGCUCGAUCUCAAUCACCAGCUCCGUCACCCUCCAGUUUCUCGAUUCCGCCGCCUUCACGAGCGCCGCCACCUCCUCCUUCCCUUGGCGCCGAAGCGCGCCCGGCCUCACAGUCGCAACCAUCGCGGCCAAAUCCAGCCCUUCGAAGUCUCCCAAUCAUGCCAUCCCCUCCUCAAGACGCAAGCUCAAUGAAAUUCUUUAAUCUGCUCAAAGUCCUGUCGGUGACGCCCACGAAAUACGAAAAUCCUGGACUUUUGGACGAGGCGCUCUGCACCUUGCCGCUCGAUCGCCUGUACUCCGAAGCCGAGGAGGAAUCACAGAUUCUGAAUGCUCAAGCCGCCAGUGUGGGCGGCAAGCCAGAAUGGGGAUAUCAAGAUUGUGUGAUCCGGGCAUUGCUCAAAUGGUUUAAGCGGUCCUUUUUCCAAUUCGUCAACAACCCUCCCUGCUCACGAUGCUACAUGCCCACGAUUGCCCAGGGAAUGACCCCACCCAGCCCCGACGAGACCGCCCGCGGCGCCACGCGAGUCGAGCUGUAUCGGUGCUCGGGCUCCACCUGUGGCACCUACGAACGUUUUCCUCGCUACUCUGAUGUCUGGCAAUUGCUGCAAACAAGGAGAGGCCGUGUCGGGGAGUGGGCUAACUGCUUCAGUAUGCUUUGUCGUGCCAUGGGUGCGCGCGUGCGCUGGGUGUGGAACUCGGAAGACUACGUUUGGACAGAAGUGUAUUCCGAACACCAACGCCGCUGGAUUCACGUCGAUGCCUGUGAGGAGGCUUGGGACCAACCUCGCCUUUAUACCGAGGGCUGGCGCCGCAAGUUGUCCUAUUGCAUCGCGUUUUCCAUUGACGGGGCGACCGACGUCACACGCCGCUACGUUCGCAAUUUCUCCAAGCACGGUAGCCCUCGCACCCGUGCGCCCGAGGAAGUUGUCCUGUGGUCGAUUCGCGAGAUCCGCCGACAACGUCGAGAGAACCUUGCCAAGACCGAUCAACGUCGGUUGAUGAAAGAGGAUGAGCGGGAAGAGCGGGAGCUUCGGGCUUAUACCGUAUCUGCCCUCGCCGCUGAGAUUCAGAAUAUUCUUCCUCGCAGUCUAUCGGGACGGCCUGGUGAGCAAAAGCACGCCGACGCUCGACAAGAAGCCGCUACAGAGUGGCUCAGUGCUCGCGGUCACGGUCAUUCUGGCCCCGAUCGCUCGAACGGAGGACCUUGA